AUAAGUAGUCAUAGCGAUAUGUGUAAGCGAUAAACACUAUACGACGAGAAUAGUUUACCGAUUUAAUUGUUGCUGUUGAUUGCGGUUUAUUAUUUAAAUUUAAAACGUACAGGAGUAUAUACAACAAUUUCGGUAUCAUUCCUAAAUUCAAAACAGUUUCGGCAUCUUGUCUAAAUUCUAAACGUACAGGACCACCUGUAAUCAACCGUUUCGACAUCUUACCUGACUUUAAAACGUCCAGGAAUACCUAUAGAUCAGCAGUUUUAAGGAAGCCACGAAGAUGUAUUAACAGGGUUUUGUGGACACGGAGAUUUAAACCAAGGUUUCCAGCUGUAUAAAGCUAAAUAAACGUGUUUAACGGGGACGAAGUCAAGAGUAAAGACAAAAAUGGGGAUCGAAGCGGCUGUGUACGCGUUAUCUCAGUUGAAUCUACGAAACAAAAUACGUGAUGACGACUUCGUUGACAUCAUGAAUCACGUGGUCACCCCAGGAAUCCUCCUAUUGGCUGCUACAGCGACAUAUCUAACGCAAUGGAUGGGAGAACCUAUACAUUGCUGGACUCCAGCAGAAUACAAUGGUCAUUUUCAGGAUUAUGUGGAUAGUUUCUGUUGGAUUACUGAGAUGUAUAAUGUUCCAAUGGACGAGGAGCUGCCGAAAAUAGAAGAAGAUAGAGACGAGAAUCUGGUUGGUUUUUACAGAUGGGUGUCAGUUUUACUUCUGCUUCAGGCGCUCAUGUUCAAACUGCCUCAUGUCCUGUGGAUGUCAUGGAAGGGAGUUUCAGGUAUGGAUCCGGACAGAAUUAUCAAAAUGGCUGAAGAGGGAGAUAUGGAUGAACAGAUAUUAUAUGAUGACGAUGAUGAUGUUGAACCUAUAGUUGAGGGUGCAGGUAGCGUGGUGAAGCCUGUCCAAAAAGCACCCAAAGAACCAAAGGAGAGUAAGAUCGAACCUUUAGUCCAUUUUAUUGACAGAAGAUUGCGGUUUACAGCUCGGCGAAAAGAGGAUAAUCCUUGUAGCAAAGUGGACAUCUUGAACAAAUCCUCGGGCAGUUUCCUCACAUAUUUUUAUCUAAUCGUGAAAUGUUUGUACCCCUUCAUAAUUAUCUUACAGUUCGUACUGCUCUCCGAGUUCUUAAACAUCAAUUUCUUUACUUACGGUAUCGAUAUAGCGGUUAAACAAACCGACUGGUCGUUCUGGGAAGACGAGGCGGUGUUUCCCCGGAUCGCCAUGUGCGACUUCAACAUCCGUCAGUUACAGAAUGUCCAAACGUUCACCGUUCAAUGUGUGCUAGCUAUGAAUAUGUUUAUCGAGAAGAUAUACCUUCUUCUGUGGAUCUGGAUGUACUUUCUACUAGUUAUAACCGUCAUCGGGACCAUCCAGUCUUUUCUUGACAAGAUCUUAUUCUCUAGACACCAGAUAUUUAUAAAGAAAUUCCUCUCCAUUGGCCAGUACGUGGACCAUUUCUGGCCACCGCGCAAACCGAAAUAUCAACCAGCGAGGGACAAAAAGUUCCAACGACCCAAAGAAAUCUUCCAAUAUUUGUCUUCUAAGGAGAAGGAUAGAAUUGCCGCGUUAAUUCAGCAGGAUUCGUUUCAGCGCAUGUUCAUUGAAGAUUAUCUUCAAGCUGACGGCAUCUUUAUACUGAAGUGUAUCCAUAGAAACACAAGCAACAUGGCCGUCAUUGAUAUCAUCUUCCGAUUGUUGGAACAUUUUAUGGUAGAGAAGAGAUUAGUACAUGUUGAUGACGACGAUGAUGAUAUUUAUGUGUAGUAUUAUUAGACCUACCUUAUAUGGCAUGUUUCCCCUUUAUUAUAUUCAUCAAAAUGAUAAUAUAAGACCCAAUAUGACAUAAUUUCACAUCGAAAUGAGAGGGAAAGCAUUUAGUAAACUUACUCCAUAUUUGUAGGAGGACCACUAUUAAAUUUCACCAUCUUCAUACCGGGAAAUUGUAGUUCGUCUAUUUAUAGCAAUUAUAUUUGGUCUAGAAUCGACGAAGAGGGGUUGAAUUAACAUUUUCUGCCAGGGAUUGGUAAAUAUUCAUGAUUUAGAAACGCAGGGAUAACAGAAUUCACAGGUUGGUUACGGUGAUAUAUAAGGCGAAUAUAAUUACAUGUUUUUAGUAUGCUACUUCAAUUUUGUUUGCAAAGCCGUGACCAUUUGUUUCUCUGUCUGUAGUGAAAAGCAUUCUGCCCAACGACAAUUUGCGGAAACGUUGGAACCGGGCAAGGAGACCAGAAUUAACACCGAAAUCAACGGGGAAGUUAAUGGUGAUCUGCCUCAAUUAAAGGUAUAAUGAUGGUUGUCUCCCCUUUUACUAACAAACGCAUACAAUUCAAUUAUAUUUUGUUGUUCUUUGGACCGACGCUUACUUAUGUACGAUCAACACGAAAUUUGUUCCUUGGACAAUGGCGCAUCAAUGUUUUGAUAUGACCAUGGACCGUGUAUAGAUGGACAGACAACGUCCACGAAGCCUUUAGAAUUCGGGGCCGCGGCAAAAAUUAGACCGGACAAUCGUGACUAAACAGUAUUAAGUUUAAAAGCAAAGAAACAGAAAUCAAUUCAUAAUAUUUUUAUUUAUCUUGCUACUCUUUUUUUUGCAACCCAUACAUAGAUAGACUACUAACUGAUGAUUGGGGUGUAAAUGUAUCAACACAUCGUCUUUGUUUACUUCGGACGCGCCCAUGUGAAUCCGAAAAAAAAAUAUCGGGUUUUCGUUAAAAAUGAACCUACUAAAACACUCUUUUACUGCACAAUUAAUCAUCAUUCCGGAUAGUAUUAUAUUUGAACUUUAUUUUCAUAAUUUUAAAAUCCUGCAUACAUGCGGGAACUUGGAGUAUUAAGCAAAACCAAAAUGCUUACAAAAACUACGGAAAUAUUGAAAUCGAUCAUUUCACAAUUUUCAACUGCUGCAUUUGGAAAUUCCAAAGUUCUAAACUAGAGAAAUUCGUCACUACCAGAUAGGAAUACUUAUCGGGUUGAAAAAAUUCCAUGUAACUUUAAGAAUAACGUAUUUUCUAAGGAGGAAUCCCGCAAUGUCAAAAGUCACAUCGCUUGAUUUGCCGUUGCCAUUGAGAUCUCGUCGUGUCUCGCGCGAGCGGCAGAGAAUUCAACAAACGGGACUCGUUGCCUGGCCAUCUAUAUACGGUCCAUGAUAUGACGACACGACUGCGAUGACGUCAUGCGCGGCGCCUGGUCCAUAUGGUCAGAUGAAUAUUUCCUCAAGAUCACGAGAUGUAAACAGGGUAAAGGCACGUGGUUGUUGCCGAGGAUUGUGGGCUAGGUUUAGGGUAAGAUGUAGGGCUAGGUCUUGGGAUACAGUUAGGGUUAGCGAUAACUUUGUUUACAUCAUGUAAUUAUGAAUUUGGCCUUGUUAAAUAAAUACAUCUCACCUGAUCCCUAUAGUACGUCAUUGUCAAAGAAACUAUGACAAGUGAGUAUCUGUUGUUCAUUAGAAGAUAGCACAGUUUAAAUUGUUAUUAUAUAUUUUAUAUUCUUGUUUUUGUUAAAUUUCUAUUAUAUUAUUUCCAGUAAAUAAAACAA